AGCUCGCUGCCGCCCAGUCCCCGCGCCCCGCGGCCGGACGAGCAUCCGGCCCCCGCGGCGGGCGCCAUGCUGCGGGCACGCCCCGCGCUCUGGGCUGCGGCUCUGACCGCGCUGGCAUUGCUCCGCGGACCGCCGGCGGCACGAGCUGGGGCGGGCACGGCGGGCGCCGGCCCGGUGGUGCGCUGCGAGCCGUGCGACGCGCGUGCCGUUGCCCAGUGCGCGCCGCCGCCCCCCUCGCCCCCGUGCGCCGAGUUGGUGCGCGAGCCGGGCUGCGGUUGCUGUCUCACUUGCGCGCUGCGCGAGGGUCAGCCUUGCGGCGUCUACACCGAGCGCUGUGGCUCCGGCCUCCGCUGCCAGCCGCCGCCUGGCGAUCCGCGCCCGCUACACGCGUUGUUGGACGGCCGCGGGCUCUGCGCCAACGCCAGCGCCGUCGGCCGCCUGAGCCCCUACCUGCUGCCCGCGCCACCCGCGCCAGGAAAUGGCAGUGAGUCGGAAGAAGACCACAGCAUGGGGAGCACGGAGAACCAGGCUCUCCCCACCACACGCCGGGUGCCCGACUCCAAAUCCCACCUCGCCCACACCAAGAUGGAUGUCAUCAAAAAAGGUCAUGCCAAGGACAGCCAGCGCUACAAGGUUGACUACGAGUCUCAGAGCACAGACACCCAGAACUUCUCCUCCGAGUCCAAGCAUGAGACAGAAUACGGGCCCUGCCGCCGGGAAAUGGAGGACACACUGAACGACCUCAAGUUCCUGAACACACUCAGCCCCAGGGCCAUCCACAUUCCCAACUGUGACAAGAAGGGCUUCUACAAGAAAAAGCAGUGCCGCCCUUCCAAGGGCAGGAAGCGGGGUUUCUGCUGGUGUGUGGAUAAGUACGGGCAGCCCCUCCCGGCCUUCAGCGUGAAGGGGAAAGGGGACGUGCACUGCCUCAGCACGGAGAGCAAGUAGACUGUGGCCACUUAAUGUGGAGCUCAAAUAUGCCUUAUUUUGCACAAAAGACUGCCAAGGACAUGAUCAGC